AUGUACCUCCCUCAGAUGGCUGCUUAUGCGAUGACGGGUAACUCUUUUAUUCAUAAGCUGGCGCGUUCAUUGGUUGCAAAGAACAUGCUCAAUAAAAUGGGAGUGUCCGAACUCAAGACAUUUACAGGCAGUCUCAAAACUGGUAGGAUGAAAUGGCCGUUUUAUAGACCCGAGAAAGAGAUGGAGUCUUCGAGCCAGAGACCCAGUCAAGGCGAAGACCUCUCAGCGGCUCCCACUAGGCCCUAUCGCUCCAUCGAGGACCUUCGUCGUGAUUACUUGAAUCAUGAGAAAAGUCCAUCGGAUGUUGCGAGCGCCGUACUUAAACGAGCGAAAGCGUUGAAUGAAGCCUUUCACUUCAUGGUACAGUUCCAAGAUGAGGAUAAAAUAAUGCGUGCUGCUGCUAAGAGUGCGCAACGCUACGCGCAACGCAAAUCAUGGUCCAAGUUGGACGGUAUCCCCUUCAUCGUGAAAGACGAAAUGAGUGUUGCAGGCUUCCAGGAGCUCGUCGGAACGAACCCAAAGGACAAGAAGAACCCCCGCAUAGGGAAAUUGGCGACCAGAAAUGACCCUGUUAUCCAAGCUCUCAUCGAUGCUGGAGCUAUACUCUUCGGCACAAGUGUGAUGCAUGAAUAUGGUAUCAGCCCCGUCGGAUUCAACGUGUGGGCACAAGGACCACUGAAUGCGUAUGACCCUACUCGCUACACUGGGGGAAGCUCCAGUGGCCCCGCCACAGGACCACGCCUCAAAUGUUUCAGUUCCCAUUUGCCAUUGGAUUCGAUGGAGGUGGAUCAAUUCGCGACCCGUCCUCAUGGUCUGGCGUCGUUGGAACCGUGGCAACAUUCGGCGCGAUUUUUAACUCGGGAUAGUGAAGUUGGAGAGGAACUGGUGGAUACCAUUUGA